AUGGUCAAGCAGACCAAAAUCACUAUUGAAAACAUAUAUAUUCUAGAAUUAUCAUACAUCCUGUCCUCUGAGAUCCUGACUACCUGCAACCAAUCAGAAAAUAGCUUGCAAAUUUUCCCUAGUGUGUCACUCAGUUUCCGUGCUAGGUCAAGAGGUCACAGCUUCAGGGCACGAUCAAGAUACUCCCGUGAUAAAGGAAUCAAGAUGAAGUUUUUGUCGUGUCUCCUGCUGGCGGUGGCUGCCUGCGCCCUCGCGGAUGAAGGGCCAAGUCAGGCUUACAGCGAGGUCCUAACUUCGGCCCUCCUCCACCCCUGCCAGGUGGCCCUAGCUUCACCUACGGGCCUCCUCCUCCUCUCCCUCAGCCGUCAGGUCCUCUUUCCUACGGGCCCCCCCCUCCUGCCCCCACUGAUUUCCAGUUUCCCACUUCGUAUGGCAACUCCCUCUCGCUCUUCGACGGCGAGUGCGGCUACUGGAAGGCCCUCAGCACCUUCCUGGUGGUGGGCGUGGGGCUCACCGGCCUCGCCAUCCUCUUCAGGGUGUGGCCUCUCCCCCUCUCCUUCUUCCCAGCCGACGCCACCUCGCGCCUCCAUGACCCGGAUUUCAUCUCCUCGGUGAUCGAACAAGCUACGGAUAUUUCGAAAAUCCUGAUGGCCAUUUCGGAUGCUACGAUGAACACGAGCGAAUAAGGAAUGGAGAAAGAAGGAGGAAAGAGAAGGAGAGGUGAUUGUGAUAUAUAGGAAGCAACGAAAAGAAAAUGGGAAUGUAGAAUUGUGGAUGAAAGGAACGAGGGAUUGAAAAAGACAAAAUCAAAGAAAACGUUUGACUUUUGUGAUAAUUGUUGUUUAUUCCUAAACGUUGAUUUAUAAUUUCUUUUACUGUACAUUUCUGUUCACCUUUACUCUAAGGUUAUUUAUUAUCACUUACAUUUACCUGUAAUUUAUUGAAUAAAUAUGUAUACUGUU